CCGGGACACACACGCACGCACACUUUCCCUUAGCUGUGCUUUUGUGUUUUGUCAGAAUUAAUGAGAAAAGUUCCCUUGCCCUAGGGGUAAUUAGUGUCCUUGGAGUUAAAUAAGCUAAUACUUAGACACCUCUGGCACAAGCAAUUAUGUUUGUGUAUUGAAUAAUUGAUUCAAAGAGGGGGGAAGGGUUGCUAAUCAGAUCUGGGCAUAAUGAAUUGAUUUAAUUAACAGGGGAAUCCAAGGGUCUCUGGGAACCGCGCGCAUUUAUUCAGUAGCGAGCGCGAGCAGAGCACAUAAAUUGGGAGCGAAAGGCAGCACGAGCGCGCUUUUAGCAGUUGUCAGCUUCAGAAUUGGAUUUUCUUGAACAUAGUUGCAUUUUCGCAGCAGAUGAAGGCUAGGAGGCACACGUCUCACGGCAAGGCGAGCUCGCCAGCACGCACGGGCUUUUAAAGGUAGAAUAGCACGAAGUUCGCUGCUCUGCGCAUGGAAGGCGCCGGAGCCACUCCGUCUUCUCUACAUACCUUAACUGCACUUGCAGGUUAGCCCGUGGAUGUUUACUCGCGUGAAGGAGACCGAACUGAACCGGGGAAUCGCUGUAAUCUGUAACAACCGAAUAGAAUAGCACGCGGCGCUCCUGUGUUCGUCUCCAUGGCUUUCCGUCAGUGACCACUGAAGACUAGACGCGCGUGCCGUCAGAGCUGCCAGUGCGAGGACGUUCUCAUUGUUAUUGCGAAGCAGUUCUCCAAGCCCCGAGCCCCGACGCGUGAAGCCCGCUGGAGCCCAGAACGGAUCGCCUGGAGCCGGACUCCCCGUUCCUCAGGACCAUGGUGUUAGACAAGGAAGAGGGCGUGCCGAUGCUCUCCGUCCAGCCCAAAGGUAAGCAGAAGGGCUGCGCCGGCUGUAACCGCAAGAUUAAAGACCGCUACCUGCUCAAGGCCCUGGACAAGUACUGGCACGAGGACUGCCUGAAGUGUGCGUGCUGCGACUGCCGUCUGGGCGAGGUGGGCUCCACCCUCUACACCAAAGCCAACCUCAUCCUCUGUCGCCGUGACUACCUUAGGCUCUUCGGCACAACUGGGAACUGUGCAGCCUGCAGUAAGCUGAUUCCUGCCUUUGAAAUGGUGAUGAGGGCAAGAGAUAAUGUUUACCACUUGGACUGUUUUGCCUGUCAGCUUUGUAACCAGAGGUUUUGCGUGGGCGAUAAGUUUUUCCUAAAGAACAACAUGAUUCUGUGUCAGAUGGACUAUGAAGAGGGCCAUCUCAACGGAAGCUUUGACACGCAGGUUCAAUAGCUGCUCUGACUGUCGACACACACACAUACACACACACACUCGAUGGAUGUUCAACUGCUACCAGAGAGAGGAGCGUCUGUCUAUUUGCCUGCAGUUCUUUUUACAGUAAAGCCCUGGUGAUCUCUAAGGGCUCUGUUGUAAAUGUCUCACUGUUUGGCCCCCCACCCCUACACCCCAUCCAACACUGAGCAGUUACAAGUUUCACUGUACAGUUGUGCCUGCUUAGUUGAGCACUGUAUUGCCUGUAUGUUUUUUGUGAUGUUUGUUUCAGGUUUGUUUUUUUGUUGUUUUUCUUUAAUUCUUCUCUCCACCCUUUUGGGUGAUAUGACUCCUUGGAGGGUAAUGUACAGUCUGUUUUUUCUGUAUAUAAAAACUGGAACAUUUAUUUUAUGAAAUUGUAAUGCAAUUUUAUUACUAGUGUGAAUUAAAAAAAAGAUUCUUAAAUGUUCA